CAGUCUUCGGUGGCCUCAAGCCCAAAAACAAGCCCUGGCCGUUUAUAACCUUUGUUCUCCCAGCAGCCAACAAUGUCGAUCAUCAAUCGUCUUCCUGUACCUUCCAUAAUACUGUCGCUACCGUCGCGUGAACUCGUGCAUCAGAGUCGUUGUUUUCGAGCAUUGUCAGCAUCUUACGGUGGAGGAAUCCAGGAUCGGUUACGGCACUUGCAUAUCUACAAUCACGACAGCUGUGUCUAGUUAGUCAGUAUGCCGUUGUCACUUCUCCAGCGCCGUCAACAGCGCGUAUACAAGGCAGAUCUCACGACAGAUGCCGCUCACCAUAUGAUCGCGGCACCGGCAUUCAAGCAGCCAGUCUACGAAUUACAGCAUGCUCCGCCAUUGUCACCUACGGCUGUCACCUCCGACAGUGACAGCAGUCCGGAACACCUUCGUGAUGGGUUCUUCUCUCCGAAGAUUGAUCUCCGUGUCAACGUCGUCCCGGACAAGGAUGCUCAGGCUGUCCAGGGUUUACGCCGAUACUCCAUCGCAUCAGCCUUCUCUGCCAAGAACGAACGGAGAGGAUCAGCCGUUAGUGUCUCUUCAGAUGGAAAGCCAACAAGCAUCACACCAAUCAUCGAAAACGAAGCCUGGGAAAUUGAUUCCAACCGGUCCAGUCAACUUCUGUCUCCGGAAUAUGUUAUCGCCCCUUCUGCUACGCGCAGCCGUGCACAGUCCGAAGAUAUAGUUGUGAGCCAACGCCGCCGGUCAUCCGGUGCGCUCAGCAUCCUCUCCGGUCUUCGACGCUCUUCUCUGCCCAAGGCUUCUCCACCACGGUUACCGACCUACAAUGAGCUCUCGCCGCCGUACUCGCCCUUCCCGCCAGCACCAGAGGGGGAAGAAUAUGAGUCGGCCGAGAUCAGGCUUCCGGAAUAUCUCCUCAACCAGCCUGUAUCGCCCAGACCGGAGGAAGGUCACGAGAUAUUGCCGCGGUAUACGGACACUCUUGUGCAUUCCAGCUGGUGGAAUGUGAAGCACGAGCAGCCUAAAGGCUCGUCGUGGAAGCGCAUGCAGAUCAAGGUCAACGGGACGCUUGUUUCGUUGCACAAGGAGCAUAAGAACGAGUUGAUCAGGAAGUACACAAUGGCUUAUGCCGAAGCCGGUUUGGCGAUCGACUACGGAAAGAAAGCUUGCGUGGUACGCGUGCGCUUGGAGGAGGAAACGCUCUUGCUCGCAGUCCCCGACGUUGAGACCCUCGGUGACGGUGUCGGAGAGGAAAACUGUGCACGCCUCAUUGAGCGCCUCCAAACCGGCGCCAACAUCGCCGUCCCCCUCGAAGAAAUGCGCGAACCGAAAUUCUACACCCUCCCCCGUCGUCGCGCCGAACCUGCUUCGAGCACUUCUCGUCGUGGACGUACGGCUGAGGAGUCGGCGAUGGACGGACAUCCGAGCGAGGAAGCGAAUGAUCGGAGGGCGGAUAACAGCAUCACGAUCAGUGUCGUGCCGAGACGGUGUCCAGAUUUGAGUCGGGGUGCGAUGACGGUGUAUGCGGAUAAAUGGGUCGUCAGUGUGUUGAGGCCUGAUGCGCCGAGGGCUUGGGGUGGGUAUGUGGUUUGCAAGGGACAGAUUCGGAGGGUGAGUGUAUGAGCAGCGACACUGAGAGGAAGGUGAAAUGAUCAUCUAAGACAUUUGCGUUCGAUUAUUUAGCGAUGGUCCGGUAUGGCCAGCUGGCGUUUUGUUUGAUUUAUAUCCAUGAUUGGGAAAGGAUUCAUAUCCGGAGGGAAUGAGGCUCGAGCCUGGGAAGUUUGAUAUCGAGGAUUCUUAGCCGUCUUGGCACGAUGCCGGGACAAUUGACAC